AUGAAGCUCCCAACCCUCAUGUUCAUGCUCCUAGGUUUGACUUCUUACACAAGUGCCUGUCUUCACGUAUAUGGCCACAUAAGGUGGGCGGACCAACCUGCUUUCGGCAUAAAUUACCAUUACUGGGACCUCCGCGUAGUAGACAAUGGCGUCAUGGUAUGCAACAGCCAAUGGGGCGCUCGAGUCGACAAAGGCGUUCAUCUGAACAUCAAUUGCCUACCAGGCUACAUCUGGAGCACCGAUGCGUCCGGCAAUAUCUUCUGGUUCAGGAACUCGGCCGAUCAGGUUACGAAGAAUGUAUACCGCGUUAUUAAGGAGCAGUGCUGGACUCCCUGUGGUAAUAACAAGCGGAUUGAGAUUGACAGGUGA